AUGUAUUUGUUUUUAACGAUAGCGGUGGUCUUCCUUAGCUACUUUUUACUGAAAUAUCACCAGAAGCGGCAGCAGCUGCUAACAAUCGUGAAACACUUCAAUGGCCCAAAAUCGAAUUAUUUUCUCGGAAUUUCCUAUCUGUUCCAGGGCAAAUCAGUCGAAGACAUUUUUGAUGUGUUGGAUGAUUGCCAUAAAAAGUAUGGACCCGAUGUGAGCAUGGUCGGUUCCUUCAAUGACUUUGUACUGGAAAUCUCCAGCCCGGAAAAUGUGGAAAAAAUACUGCUAGCAAAGACGACCAAGAAAUCAUUUCCGUAUGAGUUCCUCGAGCCGUGGCUCGGUACCGGUUUGCUGCUAUCCUUCGGCGAGAAGUGGUUCCAGCGUCGAAAGAUCAUUACGCCAUCGUUCCACUUUAAGAUGCUAGAUCAGUUUAUGGAUGUGUUUAACCGCGAGGCCGAUAUUUUGGUGAAUCAACUGGAGAAGCAUGUUGGUCAGAAGGAGUUCAACAUCUACGAUUACAUUACGUUGUAUGCACUGGAUAGCAUUUGUGAGACCUCCAUGGGAGUGCAAGUGAAUGCCCAGAAGGACCCCAACAACGAAUACGCCAAUGGAGUGAAGCUGAUGUCUGAUUUCAUCUUCCGCCGCGUGUUCAGCGUGUUGCGUCAGUUCCCUUCGCUGUUCUUCUUGUAUCCCUACGCCAAGGAGCAGGCCCGAGUGAUCCAGCAACUACACAACUUCACCAAUUCCGUGAUCGAAAGGCGUCGCGCGCAGCUCGAGAAGGAACAAUCGUUGGGAAAGGUCGAGUUCGAUCGAGAUGAGCAAGAACUCUACACGAAGCGUCGCGAUACCUUCCUCGAUCAGCUGCUCAAAGUGUCGGUCAAUGGAAAGCCGCUCAGUAACGCUGACAUCCGGGAGGAGGUGGACACAUUCAUGUUCGAAGGACACGAUACGACUACUUCCGGGAUCUCGUUCACUAUUCUGCAACUCGCCAAGCACCCGGAUGUGCAGCAGAAGUUGUUUGAAGAGAUUGACUCCAUGUUUGGAGCAGCGGCGAGUUCUACUGUCCUUACCAGUGCGACACUGCAGGAAAUGAAAUAUCUGGAUUUGGUCAUCAAAGAGGCGUUGCGUCUUCGUCCUCCGGUUCCUUUCAUCGGACGCAAGCUGCUGGAAGACAUGGAAAUGAAUGGCACAAUCAUACCAGCGGGAACCACGAUUUCGCUCAACAUCUACAAUGUACAUCGCAACACGAAGGUGUUCCCUGACCCUGAACGCUUCAUUCCGGAACGCUUUUCCGAUGAAAACGAAGUGAAGCGAGGCCCGUACGAUUACAUUCCGUUCAGUGCUGGCUUCCGGAACUGCAUUGGCCAACGGUAUGCGCUGCUAGAGAUGAAGGUCACGAUCGUGAAGCUGCUCGCUAGCUACCGCAUUCUGCCCGGCGAAUCCAUCGGUAAGACUCGUCUGAAGGCGGACUUGGUACUACGACCGACUGCCGGCAUUCCGGUGAAGCUAGUGAAAAGAAGUUAA